AUGGCACCGAAUACCCCCACGCCCUCAACAACAGCAACACCUCCGACGGCCAGCUCGACUGUUAGCCCCACCACCACCAGCUCCCCGCGCCCGACUUCCUCGCCUUAUUUGACUCCCGCCCUCACAACACAUUGGACACGGCCCGAAAAAUGUGGCUAUACUUAUGAUGCCGACCACCUGCCCGGUGCCGGCACGGCCCUGACGGCGUAUCUCGACCGGUACAUCGAUGAAGACGCGACGACAUUAUCGUGCUACCCGCCCGGCAUGUUCGAAUCGGGAAACUCUGGGACGUUUAGUCCGGCGUCUUGUCCUACCGGCUGGUAUACCGUUGAUCGCCCUGAUAAAAUGGAUUCUAUACCAGCAUCGGGGAGGACAACUCGUACGUGCUGCUCGAAACAAUUCACCCUGAACGGAGACUUUUGUGAAAAAUACAUGGCGACCGUCAUCGCUACACCCGUCCAAUACAUCACCUCCGAACAGACUCCCACCUCCGUGAGACACAUGAGCACCUACCUCGUCGACGCCUCAAUCGCCCAUCACCCCAUUGUAAUUCUCUUCCAAGAAAAGGACCAAGGGGUCCUUGGCAUAUUUGACGACGACGAGCACAUUGUAGAUCCCGACAACUCAUCCCCGUCCCCCAAGAGCUCCCCCGACAAUCUUCCCAUCGGCGCUAAAGUGGGCAUCGGCAUCGGCACGGCCGUGGCUCUUUCUCUGCUUCUCGGCCUUCUCUUCUGGUUUCUCAGGCGUACCUCCCCUAAACCCGCGAAGAUCUACCCUUCCGGGCUUCACGGGACGUCCAGUUUUGAAUCCCGGCCCGGCAACAACUGCAGGAGCUCCUCGUCAUCCCUCGGCACCGCCGCUGGUGACCUGGAGACCGGGGAAAUGCGGUUUCAACCUCGCCAGGACGCCGACCCGCCUCCCGCAUAUGAACCGUCGCCGCAGCGGAAUAGCCUAUCAAGACCGUCGACGGGCGGCGGCGGCGGCGCAAACUCGCCAGCUGGAGAGGAAUUAAGGGCGCUAAAGGAGCAGCAGGAAGCCAUACAGAGACGAAUCGAGCAAUUGGAAGGGAGCGCUACGGAUGACACGAGAAGAGUGUCAUGA